CAAUGGGAGUUAGGCACUAAUACCUUUGAGGAUCCAAGCCUCAAGAACCUAAGUCUCAUUGAAAUUUACUUAGCUCCAUUUUGGUGCUUUAGAAAACUUUACUCAUGGGCCCCAGGAAACAAAAAUGUGUUUAAAGAUAAAUAGGGUUGUUUUUUUCUUAUGAUGGUCUUUAAAGUAAAUUAUGACCGAAAGAUAUAGGUUAAAAAUAAAAUUUGUGAAAACAGAACUGAGUUCUAAAACAGAAAAGUUGCUGAAAUUGCUUUGUCUGCAAAAAAAGAGUAAGAACAUAGGCCUGCUUUGAGAAUAACAAGGAGAAAGUGGUAGUAGUGGUGUGUGUCAUAUGUUUGGACCCAUUUUUGUUUUGCUAAUGGUUGGAUGCAUUGAGUGACUGGUUUUAGUUCUUUUUUUUUUUUUUUUUUUUGAGGUUAAUUUUUAAUGAUUGGAUUUUUGUAUUGGACUUUCCAUAAAAGCUAGUGAGAUGAUAUCUCCAGUGGACUCUUGCCAGCUGCCCCAAAAGCAGGGUCUCUUGUCUGAAUGGCAAUAUAUUUUUUGGAGGACUCCAGGAUCAGCAGUCAGAGUGACCUGCUAAUGUUUCGUGUAUUUAAAGUUGCUUAGUCAUGGGGCGACCCUUUUAUGAGUUAAUGUUUGCUGAAUUGGAACUUUUUCUACAAAUGAACUAACUGACACUCGAUUGGACUAAGUCAAAUCACUUAUGAACCUGAUUUGCUAAUGGUUUGAAGAUAGGCACUGUAGGGCGGAGCGAGGGAAAUUCAUAUCCAUUGUGGAUAAAAGCAGAGAUCUUUGCCGUUGGCUACCCACUUGAGGAAAGACUGAGGUUCCAGAAUCUGUAAGACGGAUCACCUUGCAGAGAAGAAACCUCGAUAUCCUGAGGUUGGCUAUUCCAGUCUCUGCCUGGGCUUCUGCUCUGAUCCGCUGAGCCUGUUGACAAAAAGCAGCCAGCAGAAAACCACCUGGUUCCUUACCAGCAGGAGCUGAAGAGAGGCAAAUCUUUAUUGUGGUACAGGAUGGUGAGAGCCAAGUCUUGGACGCUGAAAAAGCAUUUUGAGGGCUUCCCCAAAACAAGUGACCUUGAGCUGAAAGAGGUGGAGCUGCCAAAGCUAAAGGAUGGAGAUGUGCUGUUUGAAUCUGUGUUUCUCAGUGUUGAUCCUUACAUGAGACCUUAUAGUAGGAUAUACAUGAAAGAGGGAGACAUAAUGAUAGGCAGCCAAGUUGCUAGAGUUGUGGAAAGCAAGAAUCCCACCUACCCAGUAGGGACCUAUGUUGUGGCUAAUUCAGGCUGGACAACUCACUUCAUCUCUGAUGGGAAAGAUCUACGGCUGCUUCCUUCUUGGCCAGAAAAUAUCCCCAGAUCUUUGGCUCUUGGGACAAUUGGCAUGCCAGGCCUCACUGCAUACUUCGGCCUAUUUGAGAUCUGCAAGAUUAGAGCAGGAGACACCGUGCUGGUUACUGCAGCAGCUGGAGCUGUGGGUUCAGUGGUGGGGCAGAUUGCUAAAAUCGGAGGUUGCAAAGUGGUUGGCUGCGCUGGCUCAGAUAAAAAGGUUGCUUAUCUGAAACAGAUUGGCUUUGAUGAAGCCUUUAACUAUAAGACUGUAGGAUCCUUGGAAGAAGCACUGAAGAAGGCCUCACCCGAUGGCUACGACUGCUACUUUGAUAACGUGGGUGGAGAGUUUUCAAGUAUUGUUCUGAAUCAAAUGAAGAAAUUUGGGAGGAUUGCUGUGUGCGGAGCCAUCUCUGGAUACAAUGACACAGUGCCCCAGAAAGGACCUUAUGUUCAGAUCCCAAUGAUCUUCAAGGAGCUUUACAUGGAAGGAUUUAUCGUCUCACGGUGGAAUGACAGGCGUGAGGAGGCCCUGAAGAUAUUGUUAAGAUGGGUUGUAGAGGGGAAAAUUAAGUGUGAAGAACAUGUUACUGAAGGAUUUGAAAAAAUGCCAGCAGCUUUCAUGGGACUGUUAAAGGGAGAAAACCUUGGAAAAGCAAUAAUAAAAGUGUAAAGGGCAUGUGGUUCAUUCCUUUAGGAAAGCCAUACCAAUAGCUUAUCUGUCUUGUUGCCAAAUGCUCAGCCACAACUUUUAAUGGGCUAAAGUAUACUCAAAAUAGACAAGUCUCCAACCGGUUUGGGGAAAGUGAUGCUUCGUCAAAUAAUGCAAUGCUACAACAAAUUGUUGCUCCUACAGCUAAGUGAUUAAUCCACUUUAUCACUGCUAUAAUCAGUCCUCAUUGAUACAUGUGAUUGUGAGACUUACGAGAAUACUCUAAUUUCAUGGGCAUUUUGAAAAAAAGCCAGCCAGGUAAACGGUCAGUGGAGCUAUAUGGCUUUAUACUAACUGAGGAUCUGACCUUAUUUUUAAAAACAAGGAACCUUAACUGAGCUGCUCAAGAGCUUGAUAUCUAAGGUCCAUGCAGAGAGCAGAAGUCAACUGCAAUCUUUUAAAUAGCAUCUGCUAAAUAGUCAUUAAAAUAGAUUUGUACUAGAUCCCCUUAAAAUGUAGAUUUUAUUCUGUAGCUAACACCAUGUUUGUCACAGUCACAGCAACAUAACCCAGCAGUAAUCUGAUUAAAUAGUUUAGAGCUGUUCUAAGAUGCUGUAUGUUUAUGCAAAGAAAAAUAACCCAUUAAAAUCUUAUUGAUAAAGAAAAUGGUUCUUAUCUUGACAUGAAACUGACUACAU